CCAUUAUUCUGUCCCUCAGUUUGACUGUUUGAGUGUAUAACAACAACACUGCAUUAUCUAAUCCUCACCGCUUCAAGUGUUGUUCAUUACUCAGCCAACUUAAACAAAUUUUAGAGUAUAUUCUAAAUCUUCCAAUGGUCCCUGCCAUGUGCCUAACUUCCCCUAGAACUACACCACCACCAGAAUGCUUAGGUAUUGGUAUAGAAAGCCAUGCAAGUUCAAAGCAUAUUGGAGUGUUCCAUGGCCCUCUAAAUACCAAAUAUCGCUUUGUCAUUGCAAAGGCUGCAAAAGGCAACCGAAACACAAAACCGAAUAGUGUGAUUUGUGCUGACUGUGAUGGAAAUGGAGCUGUUCUCUGCUCUCAAUGCAAAGGUAGCGGGGUGAACUCUGUUGAUGUUUUCGAUGGACGGUUUAAAGCUGGUGACUCGUGUUGGCUUUGCGGAGGUAGGAAGGAGAUGUUAUGUGGGAAUUGCAAUGGAGCAGGCUUUGUUGGUGGCUUCUUGAGCACUUAUGAUCAGUAGGGAUCAAGUCCUUGUUUGUAGCUAGGGAUAGCUCCAACUACUUUAAUAUCACUCUAGAUUUUAUAUUUGGUAGUUCUCAGUUCACUUGUAUGUAGCCAUAGUGAUUGCUUAAAAACGAAUAGACAGAAAUAUGCAAUAUUAUAUUUGCCCCCUUUGUAAACAGGUUAGCUGUCACAACACUCAUAUUUUUGUUGUCA